UUCACGGUGAAUAAAACAGAAACAGGUAGAAAAGACAUACAAAUGGAUUCAAGGGCGGUGCUUUUCUGUACUGUUUUAAUAUUAAUUUUAAGUCUGGUCGUCGACGCUGCUGUAACGGUCAGGGUAUUCAACGUCCUCUCUUAUGGUGCAAAACCAGAUGGAAAGACUGACAAUAGUCAGGCAUUUUUGAGUGCUUGGGAUGAUGCAUGUAACUGGAAGGGUAAAGCAACCGUAUGGGUCCCACAAGGGACAUACAUGGUUCGAGCCGUUAAAUUUAUUGGAUGGUGCGAGGGUCCCGUGACCUUCAAAAUCCAAGGCCUGCUUAAGGCUCCAACGGACCCUUCGUUGUUCAUGGGGGACACGUGGCUCGACUUCCGUUACAUUAAAGGCUUGGUGCUGGAAGGGGGAGGGACUUUGGACGGCCAGGGGGCAUGUGCUUGGCCCUACGAUGAUUGUAGCAAAAAUCCCCACUGCCCUAAACUUCCCGCUACGGUGGGGUUCCAAUUCGUGAGCAACGCCAUGGUGCAGAAUAUCCAUUCAAUCGAUAGUAAGAACAUCCAUUUCGACGUCUUUGCUUGCAAUGACAUGGUGUUUAAUGGCGUGACCCUAACCGCCCCGGGCGAUAGCCCGAACACCGAUGGCAUCCACAUUGGGUUAUCAAAAAACAUCCGCAUCUCUCGGUCGGUCAUCGGCACCGGGGACGAUUGCAUAUCCAUGGUCUCGGGCUGCCAGAACAUUAGUGUCGACAAUGUGUCAUGCGGUCCGGGUCACGGUAUUAGUAUUGGAAGUCUAGGGAAAUCCAAAAAUGAAUUUGUGAGUGAUAUACAUAUCAAGAAUUGUAGCUUUUCGGAUACCCAAAAUGGAGUAAGGAUCAAGACUUGGGCGCCCUCAUAUCUGAGUAAAGUCAGCAAUGUUAUUUUCGAGGAUGUUGUGAUGACAAAUGUCAAUAAUCCUAUAUUCAUUGACCAGCAAUAUUGUCCUGUUCCUCCUUGUAGCCCUCAGAGCACAUCAUCGGUUGAAAUAAGGAACGUGACGUUCAAAAAAAUAAGGGGGACAUCGAGUUCAAGGGCAGCGGUCACUUUGAAUUGCAGUCCAACGCACCCCUGCCAAGAUGUCAAACUUGUAGACAUCAAUUUGGUCUACAAUGGUCGUGAUGGGUCCGCCACUUCCUUCUGUUCCAAUGUUCACGGAGAUGCCGUUGGCAAACAACUCCCUCCGGGUUGUCUUCGCUGAUCCGUUAGCUUCAUUACUG